AACAGCGAUCCGGAACGGAUCGCGUUCGUAACCCGGGGUAUUACUGUACCUUUCAAGUGGGGAGUGGGCGGGGGAUCCUUGCUAUGAGAUGAGAUGGCCAGCAGGUGGUGUGUCUAUUUGUUUUUACUUGCUUAAAACAAUAGGCAUUUGGCAGCCCUAGGGUUGAGGCCAUGGUUCAGGGCAUGUAAGAGUCCUCCUGGAUUUGCAUUUUUGCCCCUCAGCUGCUGGUAUAUAAAACUGUACAAAGAAGUGCUUUGCAGUUUGCCAAGUGCUUUGCAGUUUGCCAAGUCCCUCAUCAAACACUAUAUGAUGAAAAGGUGUAGGAGACACACAGAGACAUGAGCCAUCAUGGAAGUAGCUGAGUUAUGAGAUAAUGAAAUAGACAGGCUUGCUUCUGCUAAAAUAAACCCAGCAGGAGUUAACAAUGUAUGUGUGAAUGGGUACACAACCUCAGUUGUGUGAAUUAAGCAAUGAAGGAUGUCAGAUGACCCAAACAGGACAUUGUUAGACCUUUGCCCAGGCACUCUUCAGUGAAAUGCAGACUUUCAGAAAUGGAGCACUAAAUGAUAGUGACAGAUCACUCUGCGCAUUAUGGACUGUGUUGUUCCUUGUGUUAUCAAUAGUCUAUUUGCAUGAAAAGCCAACUAUAUGGCCCCUUAACAUUUUCUGGGCAUUCUUUCAAGGGCUGGAUAAAUGUUUCAGAUUUCUGUGCACCACUAUCAGAUCUUAUAUGCAGUCUACAUCGAGAUGAAAAUAUGUUUGAAGAAAUAUGAGGCUAAGGCCCAAACUACAUGUUACAUAUAGUUGUGUGUAAGUUAAAAAUAAUAACAAAUAGCAGUAAUGGAAAACAGCUGAAGGGGAAAGGGUGGAGAAUGCAGCCGAAGCAGAAAGAGUUAACUUAGUUAAGUACACCCUCAUACUUGCUGGUACUCUGCUCAAGAUUGCAGUCUCCAGCAGCCACUUUUGGUUAAAAAAACAAAUAACAAAGAGGGAAGGAACUGUGUUCAUUUUAAACUCCACCACCACACUUUCCAAUAAACCUUUGCAGUAACAGAUAGGAUAAUUGAGCAGUUUAGACCCCAGUGUGCUGCAUAUACCGAAGAAGCAUAGCGACAAGAAAAUACACGCAGAGCCAAAUAGCUUAAGCUGACUUGUGCAAUGAGCCAAACCACAUGCUACAGGGGAAAGCAAAAUGAAAAGCAAAAUCCCUUCAAGGUCCCUAACCUAUCUGACCUUGGGGAAAGUAAGUCUUUCUUGAUUGGAUAAAGCAGUCAUUCAGACCCCAGAGGAAGGAAGGAAGGUGGGGGAAAACAUUUAAAACUCAUGCAAAGGGGAAACUCCAGUGUUCCACAACUAAGGCCAUAUCCAGUGUAAGGCUAUUGAUCAGAAGUAAUCAGCCGUGUAUGAUCAUGGCCAGAUGAGCCGAAGGAAUAUGCAGAGAUACACUUGACAAUCUAUUGGAGCCUGGUGGUGGUGGUGGUGGUUUUUACUUUUAUGCUUUUGAGCAGGCAUCCCCAAACUGCGGCCCUCCAGAUGUUUUAGCCUACAACUCCCAUGAUCCCUAGCUAACAGGACCAGUGGUCGGGGAAGAUGGGAAUUGUAGUCCAAAACAUCUGGAGGGCUGAAGUUUGGGGAUGCCUGCUUUUGAGUUUCUCAGGAUUUGAAUAGGAAUCUCUAGUAAUGCCCUUUCGCUGCUUGGGAACUUUGGAGAUGAUUAGUAACAGUUUUAGUAGUAUUGUAAAGAUGUAGCCCAUUGAGUUGCUUAGCUUGAUAAUAUUUGCAUUACUGAAGCUAAAGAUGAGGAGAUGAAUAUGUAAACUAACUUCUCACGUUGGCAAGUGAUUAAGCAUAAAAAAGGAAAACAAAUUAUAUUGCAAAAUGAACUUGUUCAAACUGGUUUUAGUGUGGCGUGCAGUUUUCAGUCAGUGACUAAUGCAUUUUGUAAGGAUUUGUUAAUAUACUUUUUCAUAAUUCAUUCUGGUCAGCUUGCCACUGACAAACUGCAAAAUAUGCAGGUGCCAUGGGUGCAUUUAUUCAUGAAGAGUGGCAGUGGCAGCCGCCUUCUUACUGAGUGGAGAAAUAAAACUCCUGGGAUUAUUUUCCCCUUCGAAGGCAUUGAGUAUAAUAUAAUCAGUUUAACUUCCUCAGAGUUAUCGGUACUGCUAGAAAAGGAGCCUGCAAUUGGAAGCUGGUGCAUUCUGGCUGUGCCUGUGAGUCAUGUGACUGCAGGGUCUAAAUUGUCAGUUCACUAGUUGGAUCAACCAGUCACUUGCUGAAGGCACAGACCCUGGGAGCUAGGAUCUCCUCUAGCCUAGGUGCUGUGAGCAAACAAGUACUACAGGUGGCUCAAUGUCGCAGUUUCAGAACUCGUGGGAAUUAUACCAGCAGAGUAUACAGAAUGACCUGGAUAUUGAAAUGGAGACCAUGGCACCUUGCUCAGCAUUUCCGGAUCCAGCCAGUGACUUUGACAGGAACAUUCCACGUAUCUGUGGUGUUUGUGGAGACAAAGCUACUGGCUUUCAUUUUAAUGCUAUGACCUGCGAAGGCUGCAAAGGAUUUUUUAGGAGGAGCAUGAAAAGGAAAGCGAUGUUCACAUGUCCUUUCAAUGGCGAUUGUAAAAUCACCAAAGAUAACCGGCGACACUGUCAAGCCUGCCGGCUGAAGCGCUGCGUUGACAUAGGCAUGAUGAAAGAGUUUAUUCUGACAGAUGAAGAGGUUCAGAGGAAACGAGAGAUGAUAAUGAAGAGGAAGGAAGAGGAAGCCCUGAAAGAGAGCCUAAAGCCCAAAUUGCUGGAGGAACAACAGCGGACCAUCGAUAUCCUCCUGGAAGCCCACCGCAAGACCUAUGAUUCCACGUACUCUGAUUUCAACCAAUUCCGGCCUCCUGUGAGACUUGAUUCAGGCAGAAGAAGCACAAGCAGAUCUUCCUCUCUUAUGUCACAAGGUUUCUCUUCCUCAGAAGACUCUUCAGACACUUUCAGCUCCUCCCCAGAUCCCAGGAUGUUAUCGAAUGUGGAACUCAGUGAUGACAGCGAUGAAAGUGCAACCAUGUCCAUGGACUUCUCACACCUCUCUAUGCUCCCUCACGUGGCCGACCUUGUUAGCUACAGCAUCCAAAAAGUGAUUGGAUUUGCAAAAAUGAUUCCAGGGUUCAAAGAUCUAACAGCGGAGGACCAGAUUGCUCUACUGAAAUCGAGCGUCAUUGAAGUAAUUAUGCUCCGUUCAAAUCAGUCAUUCUCACUGGACGAUAUGUCCUGGACCUGUGGCAGCAAUGACUUCAAAUACAAAAUCAGCGAUGUCACUCAAGCUGGGCAUAGCCUGGACUUGCUUGAGCCCCUUGUUAAAUUUCAGAUCAACCUGAAGAAGCUGAACCUGCAUGAAGAAGAACAUGUUCUCCUCAUGGCCAUCUGCAUCCUUUCUCCUGACCGCCCUGGCGUUCAGGACACUGCUCUGGUGGAGUCCAUCCAAGAUCAUCUUUCAGCCAUCCUGCAGACAUACAUUCUCUGCCGACACCCUCCUCCGGGCAACCGCUUGCUCUAUCCCAAGAUGAUCCAGAAACUUGCAGACCUCCGGAGCCUGAACGAGGAGCAUUCCAAGCAAUAUCGCUGCCUCUCCUUUCUUCCUGAGCACAGCAUGCAGCUCACUCCGCUGGUCCUCGAAGUCUUCGGCAACGAGAUCUCCUGACUCGGUGACUGGGAAUGAAACGUGUUAAAGUAAAGGGAGAAGUCAGCCCAGCUUCCCGCUGGUGGCAAACUGAGAGCUUUGGCCCAAGUUGAAAGUUUUGUAUAUUCUGUCGGCAAGAGUUGAUUUUUUUUUCUUUCCACACUACCAGAGGGACUACAUUGUUUGUAUAUCUUCAGCCUCAUAUUUUGCAUUGCUGCUGAGCAGCAGUUCGCAAGCUAGCCCCUUCUCUCUUGCCUAUCAAAACUAGAGAGCUUUCUCACCUGUUGCUUUGCCAUGAUGAAACCGCUUGUUGCUUUCUUCAAUGUUGAGCUUUUCAAGCCAGCAACUGAAACGUCUGGGCUGUGUCUUGAAUUGAAGGUGAAUGGUUGAAUAACAGCUGGUGGAAUUUAAGAUUUGUGAUGGAUUGGACAAGGGAUAUUCUUUCUUUUAACACGUUGAGAGCUUUCGGUUCAGAAUGAUUGUAACAUGCAGGGAAGAGUAACUGUUAUUCUCGGUGCAAAAUGUCCACUCCCCUCACCCCUCUGCUAAACCUCAGAGCUCUUCAGCACUAUAUAAAGUAUUUAUUAACCUAAGAAUAAACAGGAAAAACACAGGCUGUGUACACAUUACCAGCUUAAAAAUGCAGCUAGGUUGCUCUUUUCCUUAAUUUGGAUCGCAGGUGAUUUGGGGGAAAUGCAGGAGAGAUGGAUGAGAGAUACGGAUUACAGAUAAUGCCAUAUGUACACCUCUUCCAUAGUGGGAGUGCAUUGGAUGCAGGGUAAAAUGGUGUGUGUGUGUUCACAGCCAAGUUUACAGGAUUAAAUAACCUGUGUCAUCUUUCUGACUUUUUAUUAGUGUGUAUAAACAUGCCCGGCACAUUGUUGUCACUAAAUAAAUUUGUAAUGGGAGGAAAAUUAUAUUUGACCUAACUGUGCGCUGGUGUAGACACUGUGGGAGUUGAAUCCCUAAUAGCCAAGCCCCUGCUUGGAGCUCAGCAUUGCUUCCCAAGAAAUAAGCCUGCUAACAACUCAUGUCCUGUUUGCAGUGUUCGUUCUUAUACUGUACUGUUUCAGACAUGACCAGCUGCCAAGAGCGGUACAGAACUGGCUUCUCAUCUAGCCAGCAGGCCUGAGUUUGUUCAGGUAACUUAGGGUUACUUUGGAGUGGCAAGGGGGAAACUCCCUUUAUCAGGAUAAGCCACAUGCAAAGUACCGGUAGCACCUAAAUAUUCCAGCCAUCAUAUUGAGAAAUACUCUGCAGAGGUGAUUGUCA